AGAGAGCUGGACCAGCCGGACUCCAGCAGGGGAGAGGGAGCUGAUGUCAGCGGCGGUGGGAGGCUCAGUCUGCCUCCUCAAUGAACAGAAACUCCCUGAAACAAUUGCAUUCUCGGAUAUAGAUUUAAAUACCACAGAAUUAGUGCAUGAGCAUGACCCUAACGCGCGUUACAGUCUUGUUUAGUCCAGUUUCCUGCAUGCUAUGGUUUCCGCGAAGUGAUAUCAGGUCGUUAUAGCUGCUUACUUUCAGUCUUCUUUGACUUCAUGCAUGUGUAAUUAUUAGUUGUUGACCACACCUGACUCUUAUAGCGAUGGUCACCGACGGACACGUUUCAGCGCGACGCACUUGUCCAACUAUUGUGGAGUUUGUCUUUCGCGACUUGAUUUACAGAUAACUUUUCAAGCGUAUAUAGCCGAUCAAGCACGACUGCAGAAACAGCAGAGAUGGUGUAACCCCCACUCAUCUCUUUUAGGUUGAUUUUGACCAGUUUUAGUCCAAAAUGAGCGCUCCCGGACUAUGACUUGGUCAGGAGUAAUAAUAAGCGCUGCGCUCCCGCCGAUGAUCCAGUGAAAACAAAACGGAAAAAAAGUGGCACAACUGCAUGUCACUGUAAGUCAUCGGCAGCAGCCUGGAAAUGCUGGGAAGUCCAUCCAACAACGGCGGCAUCAGAAUGCUCGUGCCCCCGGCUCCCGACGACGAGCGGCGGGUGGAGUUCGUGGCUCUCACCGCCGUGCACACGGAGCGGAGCGAGCCGUCCACGCCGGAGCGCGGACUGCCGUCGCACCGCACGGGUCUGCUGGGCACCCCGCUGCAGGGGCCCCCGGGGCCCCGGGCCAACGCCUCCGCUUCCAGCAAGCGCUACAGAAAGUUGCAGAACUGUCUGUACAACGUGCUGGAAAGACCAAGAGGAUGGGCGUUCAUUUAUCAUGCAUUCAUCUUUCUCCUGGUGUUCAGCUGCUUGGUGUUGUCCGUGUUCUCCACCAUCCCCGACCACCAGAAGAUGGCCAACCAAGGCCUAUUCAUCCUGGAGUUUGUCAUGAUUGUGGUGUUUGGCUUGGAGUACUUCAUCAGGAUCUGGGCAGCUGGCUGUUGUUGCAGAUACCGUGGAUGGCAGGGACGCCUGAGAUUUGCUAGGAAGCCUUUCUGUGUCAUAGACUUCAUAGUGUUUGUGGCUUCACUGGCGGUGAUCGCUGCAGGGACGCAGGGCAACAUCUUCGCCACUUCGGCGCUGCGCAGCAUGCGCUUCCUGCAGAUCUUGCGUAUGGUUCGGAUGGACCGGCGAGGAGGCACCUGGAAACUACUGGGCUCAGUUGUUUAUGCUCACAGCAAGGAGCUGAUCACAGCCUGGUACAUCGGUUUCCUCGUCCUCAUCUUUGCCUCUUUCCUCGUCUACCUGGCUGAGAAAGACAACAACUCAGAUUUUGGCACCUAUGCAGACUCCCUCUGGUGGGGAACUAUAACUUUGACUACUAUUGGCUACGGUGACAAGACCCCCCGUACGUGGCAAGGGCGGCUCCUGGCCGCCGGCUUCGCUCUUCUGGGGGUCUCCUUCUUCGCCCUGCCCGCUGGAAUUUUGGGUUCAGGCUUUGCCUUAAAGGUUCAAGAGCAGCACAGGCAGAAGCACUUUGAGAAGAGGAGGAUGCCUGCUGCAAACCUCAUACAAGCUGCAUGGCGUCUCUACUCCACAGAUGCCAAACACUCAUAUCUAACAGCUACAUGGUACUUCUACGACAGCAUGCUGCCUUCCUUCAGAGAACUGACGCUACUGUUCAGUCACCUCCAGCGCCAGCGUAGCACCAAGAAGGUUCUCCAGAACUCCUACACGAUGCUGUCUGGGCUGCGGCCCUGCAGCUCCCCCUACCUGUCGGGGGACAGCAGUAAAAUGGGCUUCAGGGAUCGGAUCAGGAUGAACAAUUCCCGUUCAUCCCAAACCAUUCGUAGCAAAGCGUCCCCGCUGCCUCCCGGCUCCGGCGUCCGCCGCUCCCCCAGCCAGGAGAACGUCCCAGAAGCCACCAGUCCCGGGAAGGUUCAAAAGAGCUGGAGUUUUAAUGAUCGCACACGCUUUCGCACCUCUCUUCGCCUCAAGCCACGCCCUCCUGUGGACGUGGAGGGGGUUGGCGAGGAAAGCGUGGAAGACAAGCCAUACUGUGACGUGGCCAUGGAGGAGGUGAUUCCAGCAGUGAAGACGCUUAUACGGGCUGUGAGGAUCUUGAAGUUCCUUGUGGCUAAGAGGAAGUUUAAGGAGACGCUACGUCCAUACGAUGUGAAAGACGUCAUAGAGCAGUAUUCUGCAGGGCACCUGGAUAUGCUGGGGCGCAUCAAGAGCUUGCAGAUGAGGGUGGACCAGAUAAUUGGGCGAGGGACCGUUCAGCCCGAUAAGAAGGUGCGCCCCGAAAAGGGAGAGAAGACGCCGCCAGAACUGGACCCACUGGAUGAGCUAAGCAUGAUGGGACGUGUAGUCAAAGUGGAGAAACAGGUACAGUCCAUAGAAAACAAGCUGGACCUUCUACUCAGCUUCUACUCCCAGUGCCUCAAGAAAGGCUCAUCCCAUGUCACCCUGUCCUCCCUCCUGGAGCCUGACCUGACAUCUGACUACCACAGCCCCACGGACCAAAGAGACCUCUUCCCCUCCGCCAACACCCUCAACAUCUCUCAGUCUGACAGCGGCAACUUGGAAUGACAAUAAGCCGAAUGUUCGAAAACAGACAUAAACACUUUAAAGUACGUCUUCCCUCGGGCUGAGUCCCCACCCUGACCAGCCCGACCUAACUGUCGUCACCUCAUUUCGUAUCCGUCUGCUAUGAUCGCCCCUCCCCAUCUCAAAUCUGCAUCCUCAGCUCUUUUCAUGGAGUGAAUGUUUCCACGGCCGAUACGGGGCCGAGGCCGCCUGAUGCCUCAGCCCAAGCUGCUCACCGCGCACGCCUCUCAACUCACUGGAUGAGCGUAGACGAAGGACGCGUGAAGAACUAGUUCUUAACUAGUUCUUAACUACUGAAACACUCUCACAAAAACUUUAGAUCAAUAGAAAGUGCAAAGAGGAUGUUUUUUUUUAAUCUUUGGAGCAAUCUUGUAAAUCUUGUCUUUUUUUUUUCUUACUUUUGGCCAGUUUGGUGUCGUCUGAAUCUGGAGAUGUCCCAGUCAUUUCCUUAGCCAGACAUACUUUGGGAUAUUAUGAGUCUAACUGAUCCCUUCAGCAGUUUCACGCUGGUACCAGGCAACCUGACAGACGCUGAUGGAGUUAUUGACACAGAAGAAGGUCCUUGCAUGGGUCUGUAUUGGCGGGCGGAGGUGUCGGCCACCACGGUACACAGCCCCACGCAAACAAGGGAAUUUUUGAUUCAAUUAAUUUAAAUGCCCAGAUUUGUCCCAUGAAAACGGAGCGGAAAGCAUGUGUUGGACUCACUGAUGUGUGUUUUACGUUGUUGGUUUUGGUCUCCGACUUUGUUCUCCAUCAAGCCCACUUGCAAAAAAAAAACAACAAAAAAACACAAUGAUCUCCCUUUAGCUGUUGUCCGUGAGAGGAUAUUGUUCCAAAUUAGUUGGGAUUUAAUAGAGCCACGGUGUUCUUUCAUAGGUGGGAAAUCCCUGAGUUUCAAUAUUUUGAAGUUGACCUGAAUGUCUGUUUUUAACUCGGCCUUUAAACCUCCCUGUCUUGCAGCCCCACCCCCUGCCUUGCAUGCUCAUCAGACCAGCCUGUUAGAUUCAAUCUUACAGACCAAUCAACACUUUUUUUCUUGGCUUGGGACAGGUUUCCAGCACUGGCACCGUUGCUCAAGGCGCUAACAGUCCAUCCAAACCUCUCCGACAUGAGGCCAGUUCUCACGCCUCCUGUUGUCAGAAGGCACGUGGACUCGCAUAAAAAGUUACGAUCAGUCUUGUGCGACUCUAAGCGAUUAAUAAUGCAAUAAGGCGUGUGAGUGAAACGCAUGGAUCCAGAUCGUUGUGGUCACGAAUGCAUGCUUCGGAGACUUGUGACUUUUACUCUUUGCUCCCUAAAUGCCCCGCGCUGACGGGCAAAACUGGAGGGUUCACGAAUGCAGACGAACACGUUAACGAUGAAAGGAUUUCCCUUUACUUAAAUCCUUUGGCACUUGAUAAAUGUAACACUUUUUCAUCUUGUGUAAUCGUGUUAUUCUUUUGUGUUGAUUUCUUUACCGUUGCGCCAUCCAUGCACUUGAUUUUUAUGUAACGUGCAACUUAUGUAACUGUAAGUUGUUGUUUUUUUUUUUUAAAUGAUUUUGGUUGUUAACAUAAAUGUAGGGUAUAAGUUGAUAUAUUUAAACAUGAUCUUUAGAAACGUGGCAUUUAUUUCUUCCUGCAAGGUAAAUCGUGGAGAACACAACCUUGACAUGUAGCCGAUCAGGUUUCCUCGCUCACUUAGUCCAGAUGUUCGUUUUUUUUUUUUUUUAUGUCUCCACACGAAUGGCAGUUACGGCGGAGUGGUGAAAACAUUCAUCACUGCGUUUUUUGGCCAGUGACAAUUUCUUCUGUCCAAGUCAAGCCAGUUGACUCAGGUGCUCCACUUUUCCAUUUAAGGGAGACUUUUGAACAGUGAAUAUACUUAAUUGUCUGAUCUGUUGAGAUCUACGUAUGGCCCAGCUAUGGGCUCUUGCUAUCGAGACAAGAAAAAAAAUAAAAUAAAACCCAACCCAGCCCUUUGAAGCUUGCUGUUGGCACCAUGCACGUUUUGUGUUCAAUCAUUAGUAGCUUUAUUCUUUAAGCUAGCUCGUUAGAAGCAUCUUUGCACUUAUCGGUGCUCAUAUUUAAUCUUCACCUAGAAUGUCGAGCUUCAUGAAAAUGUAUCUGAAUCACUGUAACGCAUGUUGUAGAUUUAUGUUGGCCCCAGUCUUAGAAAAAAAAAACUCAAACAACAAUGUCUCCUGUUAGAUGUUGAGUGGAGACAUGAAAGCGUACGACCUGUGCCUUCUAGCCUUCCUCCUGUCCACGACACGGUGCAGCUUUCUAUCUCCGUCUUAAACAUUUAUCCAGCUAUGACCAGGAAUCUUUCGUAGAAAUAUGCCUUUUUUCUUGCAAAACCUUUAACUAACGAAAGAAACAUUGUUUGAAAGAUUUAGACCUUUGCUGCUGCUGUAAACUUUGAUAUUUUUUGAGGAUAUUACUGCACAUUCAGCGUAUCAUUGUACCCCCUUCUCUUUGACACCCAGUACUUUACCUUAACACCCGUGAUACAUGGAGGUUGGAGGCAUGGACAUUUGCAUCAUCACAGGAAAGUCUGCAGGCAUGUGCGCUUUCGUGAGCAUGUCACGUAGAUCAGAAUGGCUUCAACACAACUACCUCUGAGGCCACUGGGGGCGCUAGUUUAGGAAUCUUUUUAGGAGAAUUUAGUAACUGAUUGUCCAACUGACUAAAUGCUAUGCAUGACUCGAUUUGCACGUUCUUUUUAUCGCUUCAUGAUGCCCUGUCAUCCACCCAUCCGUCACUGACUUGCAGAUAUUCGACAUUCCAGCUCAUCGCUCUUUACCGGCUCUCUUAUAUGUUUUGGAACUGUUGUUUAAAAUGAAACAUAAACCAAUCAAGCAAUAGGAAAAAUGCUUUAUCAACAUAAAGUCUUCCAAUUCUAAUUGAUAAGGCAACUGGUGAAAAAAAGAAAGAAGAGAAUAUGGCACUGAUUUGUUUUCUAAUCUCACCUAUAUUUGAUCUAUCAAAGAGGUACGAAGAUACAUUUCUGCUGAGGAUAUAAUUAGAUCAAGUAACUAACUUAUUAAUUUAUUUGUUUCAAUAAAGCUCU